AUGGUUCUCAUCAGAAUCAAUUUGGUAACUUCGGGUAUUUUAUUAUUUUGUAUUUUUGGAAGCAAUAUUGGUUAUAAUUAUGACAUAGGAUACGAAUACCGGUACAGCUACAAGGCAGACUCAGUGGUGCUGCACGAUUUCAGAGUUGUUACCAUCGUUAAGUUUCGUGUAAGACCAGUUGAGAGAGGGAAUAACUCACUUUUGUGCCAACUCUAUAUUGACAGUUUCACUCAGUCAGCCGGUGGGAAAACAAAAACCAAUCCUGUUGGAUGGAACUUCAACAAUGGGUUCGAGUUUCUUAUAUCAGAAGACGGCUUGAUCAAGGAAAUAGCACACCAUCAUGAAGAGAAGAUCGACGUGUUAAAUCUGAAGAAGGUCCUUGCCAGCGUUCUAUCAGCAAAAGGAAAGUCAGGUUAUCUGCCACACAAGUAUGUUAUUCAGAGCACAACUGCAGGGUACCGAGUCAAUAGAUUUCAUGAAAGCUCGGAAGAAGUCUACAGAAAACAUGCUAAAACGUUACAUUAUAGUCAUGGUGGGGUUAUUGAAUAUGUUAAAGCCCAUGAUCAAGUUAUUCUACAGAACAAAAACAAAAUGCAAAAAACAAGACACUUAGUUCCCGGAGAAAAGAAAAUUAGAGAGGAAAAAAGUGGAGAAGUGAAAGACAUUGAAUCAAAUACGUCAACAGAAGUAAGACUCGUCAGCAAAAUAAAACUGAAUAAAGUUGAUACUUUAUCCCCCUUGGACAAGUAUUUGAAAAUUAAAGACAGUAUCGUUGUUCAAAGGGAGAAACUAAAAACAACUGGCUUAUCAAAAGUCGAAAACGAUAUUGAGUCAAAUGUAGACUGUAUUCAGUCUUACAAAGAAGAAGUCAACAAAAACAGAUCAGAUUGCUUUGCAGACCUUGUGCAGAUAAUGAAUCACCUUCCGGAGGACGAUUAUGUAACAUUUGCAACACGCGAGUUCUCCAGGGAAUGCCAAUCAAAUGAAACAAACUGUUCCAGUAGACAAAAUUUAUUCAUUGAUCUUCUUUUUAAAGAAGGAAGUAAUAUCACACAAAAUCUGAUUAUCCGACACUUCUUAGAAAAGAAAGAUGUCAACGAAACGGCCCUUUUUCGAAUAUUUUUCCAUAUAGCUGAUAUAAAAACACCUACACUGGCAUUAUUACAAGCUGUUGAAAAAAUCUGUCUUGGUCCAGAUCAUGCUAAUAUAGGGUUAAUUGCCAUGACCAAAAAACACAAACAUGCUUGCUUGGCACUUGGAACAUUGAUUAGAAUAUUUCGAAACAAUUCUCAGCGUGAUGAAAAGACAGACCACCUUCUUGAUUCCCUCCAGAAUUGGUUGACUCCUCAUAAUCAAACAAGCUAUAAAGAAAUAUACAGUAAAAGAAGACCACGCCGUUCAGUGGACAGAUUUGAUGCUGAACUCCAUAAUUACACUUACUCCAAAAUGGUGUUAAUCCAUGCAUUGGGAAAUUCCGGAAACGCCAGGGACCACCUCCUGACGUACAUGAGGCCUGGGGAGGGGGACAACAGCUGGAGAAGGGCUGCUAUCAUAGGAAUGAGGCACUUUAACUGCACAGAGAGUUCUGUGGCUUUACUUGACUUGGCCGUCAACGACGAAUAUUCUUUAGUUCGACAACAAGCUAUGGAAUAUUUUGAGAAGCAUCCUUCAUCGAAAAGAAGUAUUCCACAGCAUCGAGAUGUCAUUUUAAGCCGAAACUACACAUACCUAACUUUGAUGCGAGUGAAGAGAGGCAUUCUUGAUGUAAGAUUCAAAGAUGGUUUCUUCUUUGCAAUGAAACUUCCUGGAAUACACUGGACUAAAGAACUAGGAAAGAGUGCCUUAGGAGCAGGCAUUGGACUUAUUUUGACAAAUGAACUUGAAAUAGAAAUAAAACCACUUAGUGGACACGCCAUGCUGAAUGUCUAUGAUGAUGCGUACGCCAAAGUCAUGAUUGGAUGGUUUGAUAUAGAGAAAUAUCUCUUCCGAGCUCACGCCUGCUAUAGGGGACAUGCUGGAUAUGAUAUUAAUAUCCUAAAGGACUUUGGAAUCAAUGGCAUACAGGACUUAGCAACGAUAUUCGACAGAAUCGUGAAAAAAGUGGUUGAUCCGAUAAAAAACAUUGUCAAGGCUUUCAAAGAUAUUAUUCAGCUAUUUGACAAAGGUAUCGAAUACAUUGUCAACAAGAUUAUUGAGCUGGUAAAAAAUUUUCCACUUAUAUUAGAAGGAAUCAUUCAAAAAAUCAUCAAAGCAGUCAUGAAGGUCAUUGAGUAUGGAGGGGUUCCAUGGAUUGACCAAAUAAAGAAGAUAAUUAUCAAAGCCAGAUAUUUCGUGGAGGAUGUGAAAGAAGAUCUUACAGAAUUUUACAGUACUAUGGCUGAUGCUGUCACAGUGACCCUGCCCUUCGUUGCGAAGAAGUUGUUUGAUUCUGUUGCAACAAUAAUUUCAGCAUUAAAACAAUUUUUGUCAAAUCCAGUUCAAUCAAUAACGGUAUUUGGAAAAUCUGUACUGGACAUAAAGCUCGCGAUCGGAAUGUUUUUAGACGUGAAAAACAAAAUAGUGGAGACUUUGGCUCUCCUGAAAGGUCGUGUGCCAUUUUGGGUGGACUACUGGGAGGAUUUUAAGGAGUUUUUAGGAGACGUCAAAGACCUACUUGGUCUUCUCUUAGAGAAGAAAGAAAGUCAGUCCACCGAUGAGUUCGAGGAUGAACUUUCCGCUGCACUUACGGAUGGCAUAUCAAUGAGGAGGGAGCAAACCAAUAUAUUUAUAGAGGCUAUCAAGGAGUCAUUUGGGGACCUGACAACUCAAUUUAAGGACACUUUGAGUGAAUUAGUAUCCCCAUUCUUCAAUGCUUUCCGUUCAGUUUUAAAUUCAUUCAAAGCAAUCAAGUCUGGAUAUUCUUCAGUUAGAGAUAUAUUUAUAAAGACAAAGAAUAUCAUACAAAGGGUUUUUGGUUCCAAAUUCCACAUAACAUUUCCAAAGCGGCGAAGAGUUGAAGAUUCUACCUGCGGAGUAGGAGUUUGGCCUACGAAUACGAACGGGAGAUAUCAGACAUUGGGUGUUGAUGUUCGAAUUGGAUAUAACGCUGAAAUUCGUUGUCCUGUCAAUGGUGGUUUUAGAGAAAACAAUAGAGUGCUGAUUUUGCCUACAGAUGAAGAUUUUAUCGAAUUCGAAAUAAUAGUAGAAAACAUUCUUCCGAAUCCAUCAAUCCCAUCAAGUGGUCAGUUUUUGUCAGCGGGUAAAGAUAUCAUUGGAAAAGCAGACAAAUCACCUUGUGAUUAUAAUUCUAUCCAUGUGUCUGUUCGAAAAAAGUCUACGAUAAAAAUGUCAGAUUCUGAAUAUGAAUACAUUUACCCGUCUCCGUUCUUGGAUCAUCUGCUGCCCUAUCCGGAAUGGAUAUGGGAAUGCAAAGAUUACACUUAUAUCAAUUUCUUCAGUGUUGUUUCGGCUGAUGCAGUUAGGGAAACACUUGACAAAUUGGACGAGGAAAUUUAUAGAGCACUCUCCGAAGGAACCGAAGCUCUUGGGAACGAAUUUCCUCCUGUGGAACCAAAUUACCGCCCCCCAGAGUUCGAAGUGGCUUCUCCUAAUGAUUCAGUAGCUGUUGGCGCGUGGAAUAAAUUCAAAAAAGAAUUCAAGGGUUUAGCAACGAAUUUCAAGGACAUAGCUAAACAGCUUUUUGAUUUUUCAAGUAACAGGACAGGGCCUAAUCUUCUUGAUCUAGUGGAUGUUAAUUCAUAUACUCUUGGAAGAAUCAAAGAAAUACUUGGAGAAAAAGUUGCAACGGAAAUGGAAAUCGUUUAUAAUAAACUUGUGCAGCUUCGAUCAUCCUUUUCUGCUCAAAACCUGGAUGGGUUGUCAAUAUCAAAACUUCGUAGUUUAUUAAGAGCAUCGUUUAGCACAGUGUCUGGAUCAAAAUCAAAAAUGGUGUCAAGAAUUCUUGCAAGAACUGAAAACGAUUGCCCGAUGUUUCUCAACAGACUUCAAAAAGGUCCUGGAAAUGUUUGUUUUGUGCAUCGAAGUUGCAAUGACAUUUCCUGUGCAGUUUUACUUUCCCAUGCGAAUCGCAGACUAAUGGUCACUACUGAUAUCAAAAUGGAUGGAUGUUCAAAACAAGUCAAUGUCACAGCAGGGUCAACUUCAGUCCUCAUAGAAUUUCAAGAUGGUGUUGAAAUAGAAGAGAGGGUUCCUCUGCUAAACGUUUCUAGGUUAAUGUCUGCUUACCUAGUUGUUUCUAUAACAUUUGACUGGUCUACGGCAAUUAUAUCCCUCUCUGCAGAACUCUGUGCGUCUGAUUUUAGUUCCUGUUUACAUACCGUUCCAGUGUUGUUGAACUACGAAAUUGAUUCGACUUGUUCUUUAGGUGAUGGAAAUAACCCCAUUUUGCCGACGAUGGAUAGCAUAACUGUUCAAGAUUUCAUAGCAGAGCUCUCAGAAAAUCACCUACUUGAUAAAGAAAUUCUAAAAAUUCUGGACACCAUAAGGGAAGCAAUGAUAGAGGAGUUAAUUGAUGAUCCAAGGACAUUACUUAAAGUAAUGGGCAAGGAGUUCCAAAAUAAGGUGGACUUCUGCGCAGAUGUGGACAUCCCCUUUCCGACAAAAGAUUUCGUGCUUAUCAAUAAGAAAAUAGGCCCCUUCAUGGUUGGCCCAAUUGCAUUGUAUUUCGAGUUAGGAGCAGCAGCAUCUGUUGGCCUAAGAAUACAAGUCGGUCUCUGUAUACUUAGUUUCAAUGCAAGAGGAAGUCUAAUCCCUUGGGCCGGAGCUAAAGCUUGGGGUGGAGCUGCUAUUAAAUUCUUCAUAUUCAAGGCUGGAAUAAGACUCACGGGGUAUCUACUAGAGACGCGGUUUCCGAUAACAGCAGAAAUAACAUAUAAUAAAUUUCCUUUAGAUGUAAAAAGAAGCUUGGACCUUGUACUCAAUCCAUUGCGUUUGAAACUGGAGGCAUACUUCGUGAUAGAAAUUAAAUUCUUUUUUAUUAAAAUUACCAUUCCAAUUUUCCGAGGCACGAUUUGGACAUAUUCCACCAGACCAAUUUCCGGCAAUAUCUUCACAAAUAUAAAGAGUGAGAAAGACACAACUCCUCCCGAAUUUUCCUCACCUGGUUUAACUGAUCAAGAGGGUCGGAGGAAAAGAGAAACAACAGACAAAUGCAUCCUCAAACAAAUUCCAGAGCGAAAUCAUAAAGAUCCUGCAUAUUCAUUACAGAUCGCUGCAGACGAUGAUAAAAGCAACCUGAAAUUAUACUAUGCUAUUGGGACACAACAGGGUGGUACAAAUGUUGUAGAUUUUACGGAAAUGGGUGGAUUUUCAUUGGUAGUUGCCACAAAUGACUUGCCGAAUGCAGUACCUUUAUACUGGACUGUAAAAGCAGUCAACAGUCAAGGUACUGAUACCCGUGUGUAUUGCAUGCUACAUACGUAUGAUAACACAUUGCCAGAUGGGCGAGUAGACCCCUCUUAUAUAUUUAGCUCUCAUCCAAACGUCUUGACUGCUACCAUAAAUGUAUUUGAGGAUUCUGAAUUAAAGCAAAUUCAGAGCCAGGCUUUAGGAUAUAGUUCCGGUAUGUAUGGAAGCGAAUUUGUACCUUGGAAGAAUCUUUCUCUAGAUUUGUCCACACACAGAACAGGAAUUCCAGGUGAAUUGAAACACUUCGGUGUUCUAAAAACUGGCAAACUUACAAGUAGACCCUUUGCUGUUCACAUUACGCAUACACCAGAGGACUGUGCAACAGUCUGUGUUAAUACAGGAAAGAAAUGCGUUUCCUUUGAUUAUGAUUUUUUUACAGAAUCAUGUGAACUACAAAAUUUUGUCGAAGGUCCGAGCGCCAAGUUAAGGAGAAGUGGUACCUACAAGAAUUAUGAGAGACUGGGAGUCGGAUACAGUUCCUAUGAAAGAUAUGAAAAUCUUCCUUUGGAACACGGCACUCUGUAUUUUAUAAAUGCUAAGAUAAUUAAUGUUCUUGGAUAUGUUGGAUACCUCCAUUCCUAUGGAACAAUGGUCGAUUUUUCUCCACCCAGUACCGGAUAUUUAGGCACAAGAUUUACGGAAACGUUUUCUGCAGAUGGAUGCAAUGCGUCAGUUGCACAACGCUGUGUCGAAGUUACAUGGAAGGAAAACCACAGACACAUAAUUGACGGACAAGGGGCAUCAGCUGUAUUCAAUGGGCAUACACCAUUGAAGGAUAUAAUAUAUACAAGAUCGAAUCACUAUAUAUCAGUUAAUUUUGAUGGCUUUUAUGAUGCUGAAUCUGGUAUAUACCAGUAUAUGUGGGCUGUUGGGAAAUCAGUUUGUAACCAAGACGUGCUUAACUUUUCAAACCCACACAUGUUUCUUCACAGUGCUCAACAUUGGACACACAGUGGCUAUGAGAAAAAUCUUAAUUUGCAGGAUGGAAAAUACUUCAUGACAAUACAGUGCCUCAACAACGUGGUGUUUGGUGGAUCACUGGUGACAACUAUUUGUCACAGCAUUCCCCUCACCGUGGACACAACACCACCUUUCUUUGAUGGUGUUGAACAAAUCUAUUUCGAUGAACACUUUGAUAUGCUUGCCAUUUAUUAUAAAGCUGGUGAUAAUGAGUCUCUACUUAGGAGCGUCGACUUCGGACUUGGGAAAACAAAAUAUGAUGUUCAGGUCAGAAAGUAUUCAUAUCACGAGCCAAUGAAUGGGGAUGAUGCUCCAUUCAUCGUCAUAGAAGAGCUGAAUUUAGAAGAAGGAGUUCCGGCUUGGCUUCGAGUGCGAGUUGGUAAUGGAGUUGGACUGUACAAAGCUGGCAGUGGUCCUGAGCCAAUUUUGAUCGAUAGAUCGCCUCCUAUUGCAGGAAUAGUACUUGAUGGUAAUAUUGCGCAUCAUGAUUUGAGCUACCAAUCAAAUGAUAAGCAGAUUUGUGCCCAGUGGAAGGGUUUUUACGACCCAGAGUCUGGAAUUGACCAUUUUCGAUGGGGUAUAGGAUCUGUUCCUCGAAAAGACAAUAUAAUGAAUUUUCGUAAUUUUUCACAAAACACGAGACAUUCCUGUGUUGACAUUACCCUUCAGCACAAUACACGUUACUAUUCCACUGUUAUUGUCUUCAAUGGAGCAUUAAAUUCCAAAGAUUCAAAUAGUACAUCCGAUGGAGUGUUAGUCGACAUAACACCACCAGUUCCAGGAUAUGCAGUAGAUGGCCCUGAUUUAUCUGAGGACUUAUCGUUCUCAUCGAAAACAUCCACCAAAAUUGUCACAUGGGAUAAUUUUACCGACCCAGAGUCUGGUAUAGAAAAAUACAUUGUGACCGUCUAUAUAAACGAUGCCAAGGUCAAAACAUUCGAAUCUAUGACAGAAAACAUUUUUAUAGAUCAUUCUAUUAGCGUGUAUCACAGAGAUAAAGUCCAUUUUAAAGUUGAGGGUUUCAACAAUGCAGGCCUUUAUGAAAAAGUUAUUACGGAUGGAUAUAUUGUUGACCACACGCCCCCACAUUUGAUCUUUAUUCAAGACAAUAUUCAUCAAAGAAGAUAUCAGACUUAUGACAACCUUCUGAAUCUGAGAUGGCGAUUUGAAGAUGAAGAGUCAGGGAUUAAGGAAUAUCGCUAUGCCGUUUUUGAAUCCUUGCAUGGAAUGAAGGAACGUUUUUGGCCAAAGACAGAUAUGUAUUUGACAAUUUUUCCCAAUACCAGCACAGGAACGAUUGCCAUAAACUUUAACAAUCGUCUUUUACCAGGUGCUACGUAUUCAGUUCAUGUGACAGCUAUAAAUGCAGCACAUCUCUCCACAGCGCAUGAAUCAGAAGGUGUAACCAUAGACCCCACUCCUCCCAUCAUGUUGAAGGUACACAUAGGGUUGUUGGAUGAGGAAGAGGAAAUUGAGGAUGGAUAUGUGCAGCAUGUGAAUUCACAAUCGAUAAGAGUAAGUUGGAUUGGCAGUGAUCCAGAAAGUCUUGUAAAAAACUUUUAUGUUGCUAUAGGUACAAGCCAAGGAGACACUAGCGUGACUAAUGGAUAUAUUGAUAUGGAAACAGAAACUUCUGCAGAUAUUAAAGCCUCUCUUUUAACUUUUUCUGAAUCUGGUGAAAUAUACUACGUCGCUGUGAAGGCUGAAAAUGGUGCCGGUAUUUUAUCAUCCCCACUAAAUUCAAAGCCAAUAAAAAUCUUGAAGGAAAAUGUACCAGGGGUUAUUUUUGAUGGUCGAGAGCCUUUCCAUGAUGAAGAUCAAACAAAUGACAGAUUCAGUAUCGCCAUGCAUUUCCAAGAAUUUUCAAGUGAAGCAUGUAACAUUGUUAAAUAUGAAUGGGCGAUUGGAUCGACACCUUAUUAUUCUGACAUAAAUGAAUAUACAGAAUACGGCAUUGUUCACAAUGAAACGCAUGGUAAAGCACAAACUCAUGUGCAAUUAAGCGAAAAUCAAACAUAUUAUGUAACAGUCAGAGCAAAGACUGGCCAUAACUGUCACGAGGAAUUCAUUUUGUCAACAUCAGAUGGAAUAACCACUGACUUUAGCCCUCCCAAGAUUUCAAGUAUAGAACCAGAAAACAUUGAAGGCCACGUUUACGAUUCAGAGUCUCAGUGCUUUUUUCAGUCGUACGUCGAUUCUUUGGAAUACAAAUGGAGUGUCACUGAUCAAUCUGAAUUACAAUUUGAAAAUAAUUCGGUUGGAUUGAAACCACUGACAAACGAUGUACUGCCUUCAUCACUAUCUAAAGAGUCCAAAAUUCCUCCAGGAGUUCUUGCACCACAGGCUGGUGUCGUAUACUUUGUAAAUAUCUUUGCAAAAGAUAAAAUUGGAUUUUUCACUUCUGAAACUUCACUUCCCAUUGUUGCUGAUAUUUCACCUCCGAGAAUUAAUAAUUUUACUUGCACGAAUAUCAUAUCUAAAAAACAAUCUUCUAUUGAAUGUUCAUGGGUAGUUAUAGAAGAAGAAAGUAAAGUAAAACAGAUAGCCAUCCGUGUUGGAUCCCGUGAACUUUUAGAUGAUGUGAUUCAAAAUAUCAGUCUUCCAACAUAUCAAAGCAAGUGGACUGUUGAUGUGAAGAGCUUUCCAAACUUGAACAGUCUCCCUUUUAUUUAUGUCUCUCUUACUGUAUCAAACGUGAUGGAUCUCUCUCUAACAAAAAUUUUUAUAAUUGAAAUCGACUCCACAGCACCAGUUAUAGAAAACGUAGAAUUUGUCACGUGGACAAACCCUGUAAAGGAACGUUUCAAGCAGAUUUGUCAGCUACCCUGGUCUUAUGUAGAUGUCAGUGUGUCUGUUAUAGAGGAUAAAGAAUCAGAAAUAGAUAGGGCUGAGAUUUGCCUAGGAAGCGAGCCGGCAACGGACAAUAUCAAGGCAUAUCAAUUUCUACAUAACAAUUAUAUGACCAUCGAUAACAUAUAUGUCUCGUCCGGAACAAAAGUAUACGCCACUGUAAGGGCAUACAACAAAGUUGGACUCCACAGUGUCUUGACAUCAGAACCCAUAAUAAUUAGUCCAGAUCCAAAAAUCGAUGUUCUUGACGGAAAAGGGGAUAAAGAUAUUGAUUUCCAAGCAAGUUUAAAUGUAAUUCAAGGUAGGAGCUCUUAUCUCUAUUCUGAUAAUUGUCCGAUCAUAAAGGCUGAAUGGAUGGUAGAAGAUCUUGAGGGAAAUGUCGUCCAAAAUUACACAUAUGUACCUGAGAAUGGACUUAUCUUCUACAACGAUCAAUUAAGUUUGCAAAAUAAUUACCUGUACUUUGUUAAAGUAAAAUUAACGGACGCUCUAAAUCGUGAAAAAGAGGGCAAAUCGGAUGGAAUAUCUGUUAGAAUUCAACCGCCUGUUUCUGGACUCGUAAGGGACGGUCUUGGUUCAGAGGAUCUCAAAUACCAGGAAUCACUGAACGAACUUUCAGCAAACUGGGACGAUUUUGGUAAUGAAGCUUCUGGAGAUCCCACACAGAAAAUGGAUCAUUACGAAGUUUCUAUCGGAGAUGAUACAAGAGACCAUAUUACACGAACUAACAUACACUACUUUACAAAUGUUGGCUUAAAUACAAGCUACACAUUUGUGGGUUUAAACCUAACAUCGAAAACUGUACGCUAUUACAUCACGGUAAGAGGUUACAGUAUAACUGGAUCCUUCGAAGAAAGCUAUUCAAAUGGCGUUAGAGUUGGAUACCGACUAGACAUAAUACCAGGAAUCAUAGAAGCAAAUCACGUACAAUCCAGCACCAGUGAAAUGACGAUUUCAUGGAGUGGAUUCGAUUCCGAUAUUGGUAUAAAGGAAUAUUUAUUAGGAGUAUCAACUGCAACAGUCAUAAAAAGUAACAAGACUUACCCAUGUACCGAUAUUCAAAGACUUUCUUCUGGGUUUGACAUAGUUUCUUUAAUGACAAUCGGACAGGAUACCAUUCAAACUCUUAGAAACAUGUCUCUAACGCAUGGAAUGUCUUAUUAUGUAACUGUAAUUGCUAGUGAUGAAAUCGGAAAAUGUUCGUCUUCAGAGAGUUUUCCUAUCCUUGUUGAUACUACUGCACCAAUUCUAAGUAAUGUGACAUUCAUGGUGAAUGGUUGGAAUGUAACCGGAAGAGAAAAGUUCCUCGUGACAAAUCCGAUUAGAAUAGAUAUAAAGCUUCUUGAUUUAAAAGAUCCUGAGAGUGGCAUAAAUACAGUUACUUUUAGAUUAUAUCAAUAUUCGGAUUGCCCAGCCUCUGAAAAUCAGUCCUCUCAUCUGCUGAAAGAAAUAGUCGCUAAAAACAACACUGAAGUGAGUAUAACGAGUUUGAAAUUAGAAUCCAAGCGGUUUUAUUACAUUGACGUUAUAGCAAGUAACAAAGCUGGACUUGAAUCGCGCUUGGUAAGCCCAGUUAUGCUAUUCGAUACUGGCUCACCGCAUGUAGGAUCUGCCAUUGUUGGAAAUAACUGGGGAGAGAAGACAAGGUAUCAGUUUUCGAAGUCAAGAAUAACAGCUUGGACUGCAAUUGCAAGAACAGAAGAUGCAUACGAAUGUGCUAAUACAAACACACUCUUUCCUUCUGAAGAAGAUUUAACAUGGACCCCUUUAUUAGGAAAUUUCUCAAAAGAAAAUGUGAUAAAAGAAAAAUAUCGAUUGAUUAUGAAAAUUGGAUAUAAUGUUCCAUUAACAAGGGUGCUAAAAAGUGGAAUUUCACGAAGGAUUGGAGCAUUACAGGAAGGAAAAUAUUCAAGUACAUUAUUGGCGGCAAAAGGAAGAAACAUUUCUACAUCUUUACUAUUAUCAAUCUCAAAAACAAAUCCAUAUUUUCCCAUAAAAUUUAACCGGCCACAACCAAAUAACUUUGACAGAGUCAGCUACAAUUAUACUGAAUCAGGGCAUGAAAUUUGGAACAAUUCGUUUCCCUCCAGUUCAUCAGAAAAUCCCACAUCAGCAACAACAGUUAGUCCUACUGCUGCUGUUGUCAUUAAUGUGACUGGACCCUCCUACGAAACAAUGAAUACAGAUAAGUCGCCUGGAUUCGGAUUUCAAGUAUUAGGUGAUCGGCAAAAAGAAAGCAAGAUAUGGGAUUGUUUGUUUUGGGCAAAAGAUAAUAAUGGAGAAUUUCAUAGAUGGACCCAGAUAGAAAAUGACCCAUUUGAAAAAUAUCAGAAAUAUAGCAUUCACACGAAGAAAAAGUUUUCAGAAACCAAAAUAGUGUGGGACUUGGAAUUUUCAAUUAAUGGAGACAUUAAAGCAAAUAUUUAUGGACUUUCAUUUGAUACCAGCGACUUAAGCAUUUUCGUCCAAACGUGGAAUUUUGAAGACUACGAAGAACCAAUAACUGACCCAAUUCAUCCGUAUCGGUCUCAAGCUGAGCUAUCAAAAUUGAAUAUUCCUACUAAUGCAACAAUGGACUGCUUAAAUGGAAAAGGUUUUUAUGAUGGUGAAAGUGGUAUUGCCGAAAUAUGGACAGGGAUAUCUGAUAAUAUAGAGAUUUCUGGAAAUGUCAGGAAAAUGGAAUUAUAUAAAAAGAUGUGUACACCUUGCUUAUUCAAUUGCAAUUUCAGUUGUGAUGUAAACUGUUCUCUUUCUGACAGAAGUCUCUCAGAAUUUGAGAUAAUUCCUCUCCUUUUAGACAAUCUAGACCUGAAAACAACAAUUGUCUCCAACGAUGGUUUAAACGCAAGCGCAAUGACAGAAAUCGUUAAUAUGACUGAAUAUUAUGUCAACGUAAAGAUGGUUAAUUUUGCCGGACAGGCAGUUUCAACCAUUUCAAAUCCAGUCAUUGUUGAUGAAACACCACCUGUUUGUGAAUAUAUUCGCUGUUUGGACCCUGACAUAACAGGGAUGGAUGCACCGACAGACAAACUGGGAUCUAAUAAAACCAUUGGAGCGUACUGGUUGUGUGAAGAUAAUAUAAGUGGAAUUAAAAAAGCCUAUAUUAAAGUGGGAACGGAAAGGACUGAUAGCGGGUCUAAAGAAGACGGAAACAUGGUACCAGAAAAAGAUGUAGGAGCAGUUACCAAAAUCAAAUUAUCUCUAGAUGAGAAUGUUUACUUUGAAGACAAAAAAACGUACUUUGUCAACAUCAAAAUUUUUAAUGGCGCCGGGCUUUUCACAGUUUAUAGUUGCAAUGUAUCGACAAUUCUUACUCCACCAGACAUUUUUGAUGUAGAUUCGAACAUUUUGCUUUCAUCUGAGAGAGAUCAAGCGACAGGAACUGUUUUUGCAGAAUCUUUAGACCAAUUUGGGAUUAGCUGGAACAACAGAGGAAAUGAUACUGAAUACUACAAGUGGCAGAUGGGGACAUAUGAAGGAGGGGGAGACGUUAUACCACCAACUAUAAUAGGUCUUACAAAAGAAGGGACGGCAGAAGUUCUUAGAGGUGAACUAUGGUUGAACGGCAAUAAAACCGGUAAAUCCUUAGCAGCUUUUACGCCGGAAUCCUGGAGAAACUUAACUGAAUCAGAAAUAAGCAAAAGAGAAAGCGACUUCCGUUUCCGGAUGGAACCUGGGCGAUGUGUGUUUCUAUCCCUUAUUGCUGUUGGAUAUUCCAACUUGGAGGCAAAUAUUUCAUCACAGCGAAUAUGUUUUAAGCGAAAGGACAAAGACUUGCUUUUGAAUAAUCAACAUAAUAAUGUGACGACAGUUGCAUGGCUAUCUAAUAACAGAUUUGAGAAGGUCUCAUACGUAAAUGGAAAUGAAGAAAUUGGUAUUAGUAUUUCAGGUAAAAUAGGUGGCGUUUCCAUAGGUUCAUUAUCCCAGUCAGAUUUGCAGGCUGAGUAUGGAACAGCUUCAUCGUUUGAGUUUAGGUCUUACCUUAUCAAUCCAAAUACCACAAACUGGCCGUCGACACGUGAAAUUCGAAAUCGGAUUGUGAAAUCUCUUGGGGUUAUAUUUUUCAUCGCACCCACGCCAACAAUGGAUGUGGAAUUUAUUGAUGUUCGCAUCAGAGUGAACUUGAAUGAUUUCAAUAAUUUCACGGUUCCUGCUCUCCUAAUCUGGGAUAGCUACACGCUCAAUUCAGAUACAAGCACUUAUGGCAUAUGGCGACACGUGGAGGAAAACUGUGCCUUGGAUCUCAAAACUCCAACAUUGGAAGGAGAUAUUUAUAAAACAAAGAUAUGCCAAGGAACAUUACAAAUGUCAACAAGACGUAAACGAUCAACCACAAUAACAGUCACAAACCCUUACCAAUUUACAUUAACAGUCAUGAACGUGUCCUUCUAUAACUCACCACCUGAAGUCGAUAUCGAUACUAUUACGACGAUGGAAGAUACGCCGAUAAUCGAUUUCCAAAUACCUUACCACGAUGAUGACAUGGACUCUGUUCAAUUUUAUCUUCUAACAAAUUCGGAUAUUGGUUUCGCAAAUCUGACUUCAAAUGGUAGUGUGUCAUACUAUCCAAAAGCAGACUUUUCUGGAAAAGAUAGCAUUCAGAUAAUAUUAACAGAUAAUGCUAAAUAUCCAGCAAGGGUCGAGAAAACCAUUUGGAUUGAAGUCAAUGAAGAAAAUGACAUGCCGAUGUUUGGUUUUCAAUAUAAUGAGUCUUCAUAUGACGUUAUGGAGAAUAAAAGCUUAACCCUAAUUUUUGAAGGUAAUUCAACAUCCCAUUACCUGUUCGACUUUGGCUUUGCAGAUGUUGACGACAAUGAAACUCUUUCAUUCAUAUCGACCCUUACUAACACCAAGGAUGUCAAUAUAAGCACAACGGGCACCGAUAAUGCAUGGUUUCUAAACGACACAUUUGGCCAUAAAGAGAUGAAGACACAACAAGGAUAUGCUGCAGACAUGGUUAUCAAUAAAAAUUUUCACGGUGACUUCUAUUACUACAUUGUUGGUUUUGACAGUCACAGCUAUUAUACAGAGCGUUUGGAGGCUCACGUUUUCAUUCUUUGGUCUCCUUGUAUCUAUGGCUUUUGUGCCCCUAAAUUCAACACCUCCCCAUCUUGCCAAGAUACCACUAGAGCGAAUUCUUUUGAUUUUUACAAAUGUAGAUGUCAUCCCGGAUACACGGGUGUGUGGUGUGAAAAUGAAAUUAACGAAUGCCUGCAACAACCUUGCGGUCAUAUCUUUAACUGUGAAGAUAAAAUCAAUAGUUAUAAAUGUACCAUCAAACCGGAGGUUUUAUAUAGUUUAAUUUUUGCUGCGAUAUUAUUCAUAAUUCUUCUUGUCAUCUUGUAUCGAAUCUUCAGAUGCAAACCAAAGACAAACAGGACCACAUCUCCUUUGCCAGAAGAUCUAAAUGAAUACUUUGAGGACAUAAUUGAAUUCAAAAGCUUGCCACCAAUUGCAACUGACCUUCAAUCUCAACAUAUCAAGAACACAUUGCAACCGUGUGAAUUGUUUAAAACACCAAAAGAAACUCCAAAGAAAAGACGUUCAUUCAGUGAUGGGAGCAAUAACCAUGAAAAAAGUAACACAGAUAUUUCCACAAAAUUUAUUCAUACAUAUCCUCUAGGACAAACGUAUAAGCACUGGGCAGGCGAAGAAAACACGUUCUUUGUCAAUGCAGGGCAGAAGAUUGGUAAGAAGAAAUCAAUGAAGGAUACUCCAUUCUUAGAUCCAUCAUUCGGACACGAUUAUAUUGCUUAUUCUCCAGAAUACGAAUCCGCAGAUAACAAACAUUUUGAAUCAUACAAUAGAGCACAAAAUGAUUUCUCAAAGGUAAAAUCCUCUGAAAAACUGCAUUCCGAAUCUAUCUCAGAGGAAACGUUUUGUUUCCAGAAUUCUUCAUAUUUGAAAACUUUACCUCCAGAGGUAGAAAUCAAAAGAAAUAUUAAUUUUGAGGCAUCUGAUGAUAAUGGUUACAGUGGCAAUCCUUCAAUGAAAUCUUGUUUGCAUGGAAUAGAUUAUGACAAACGCCCUACAAAGCCCAAAUUAUUGGAAUCAAAUGAAACACAUAUGCCGGAAACUGCUAAAAAUGCUUCGAUCAACUACGAACAGAAUAGCAAAAGGCUCCAGUCAAAUGAUGCAACAGGGAACUCAAAGCCUAGAGAAGCUACCACUUAUUGUACAAAAGGUUUGGCUGCCGCAAAAAAUUACCUAACUAUUUGGAGCUCUACAGAGCCUACAAUCCUUCGUGUUGCAUCAGCGGAAGAAUAUCCUCCUACACGGAAGCCUGAUAAUGACACAAAAGAAGACAGGAACAUGAUAUCCACACCCAUCGGAAUGUCUACGGAUUUUGAUUACUAA